UCAUUGAAGGGGAGAUUAUUGAUAUAUUAAAUGCCAUAUGGGACGUCAUGGCACACAGUAGCAAUGAGAAGAAUAGAAAAAACGUAACAAAACCUCUUAAAACAAAAGAUUUCGAUGAAUAUGAGAAGAAUGAAUUGUUUUACAGCAUUCGACAAAAUCAGCUGCCCACAAAGAAGCAACCGGCACAAGAUCGUCUUAAACGCCUCCAGACUCAUCUUAAAAAGGCUGAUAGCAAGAAGGUUGCAAAUGAAAUUCCUAAGAAAUCAAGUACGAAUAAUCGGAGCACUUCCAGUCCUUUCGCCAUUUUUACAUCACAAUCCAAAGUCACAAGUUCUCCGAUAUUGCCGCGUAGCAAGCCCAACAGCUUGCCCGCAACGCCGAUAGCUUCAGGCUCAAAGCCUACAGCUUCCCCACCAACUCACAGCAAGAAUCUUAUCGAACGUGCCAAGAGCUAUAUCUUUUCUGACAAAUCCAAGCCAGAACUCAAACACAAUGCAGUUGCUGGUAAAGCUAGCUACCAAUUGCUGAAUAAAUAUAAAGCAGAUGCGGUUCCCAAGCUUAGCACAGGCCAUCAUAGACUGAAUAAUACCUGGGAGAAGCCGAAAGCUCUUUUUGAUGCUGGAAACAAGCUAAACAAAUCGGAUACUCCGCGUACAAGUGCCAAUGAGCGGUUAGAAUCCUUGCGUCAAUCCCUUCAACAGCAACAGCAAAAGGAGAGUAACAACAAUGAGACUCCAUCGAUGGCCCCCAGCGAUCAUCAAUUACAAACGGCUGCGCCCAAGACAAUUGCCGUCAAUUCGCCUCUCGUUGGGCGUCAAUUGCAACAACUUAGGAAAUUGCAACGUCUCAAGUCCAAAAGACUGCAUCAUGGGCCACGUUCAUGCCAAUCUAAGCCUUCAAGUCACGCUGUACGGACGUCUGAGCCAGAUGUGGAACCCAUGGAUUGGGAAGAUUUGGAUGAUAGUACCCUAAAUGAAGUUGAUACUUCUGCUGAUGAUGAUGGUGUCCAUAAUGCUGAGGACGUUGCAUUGGUACGGAGCACAAGCGUUGAUGAGUCUGCGGACGAGAAGGAGUUCCCCGCUCAUCGAGUUGACCAUAUGUAUUUUGUUUUGGAUACAAAUAUCCUUAUACACGAUCUCCUAUUUGUGGAAGAUCUCCUGAAAGUGGUGCUUCCUGAUACCGUCGGCAGCAUGCUCUAUGUACCAUAUGUGGUCAUUAAGGAGUUGGAUAGACUCAAGGACAAGAACGUAAACAACGUCGAGACAACACGUUUAUAUGCCAAACGAGCUAUUCGAUAUUUAAACAAGAAAUUCGACGAAAGUCUGGAUAUACAGGCCCAAUCGGCCAUCGAAGAGGCACAGCAUUUGAUCGAUGUGGAUUGUCCGGAUGAUAGUAUUGUUAAUUGUUGUCUACAGCUUCAAACUCAAGUCACACACAUGAUGCUGCUCACCAAUGAUGCAAAUUUACGAUUGAAGGCCAAUGCAUCGUCAAUAAAAGUUUCCUGCCGCUCAGAUUUGUUAAGCGCUCAUGCCGAGGCAUUUGCUACGCUGGAUGAUUCGUAGAAUGCGCUGCCAGAGAGAAUACAAUGAAAACUACACGUCUGUGAUAGGCAUUUCUUUUCAUCACACAAUCAUCACGAAAACAUACUCAUUCGUUUAUUUUUGAAAUAGUUGUAAACCACUAGCCAUUAGCUGUAAGUGUUAUGAAUUAGUGUCACUUUAAGAAUUGAAUAAUUACAUCAUAUAUGUACAUGUAUAUAAAUGGAUAUUUACACAAACACACACAAGCAAUGAAAUCUGUGAGUGCAUUGA